UCAAGAGUUAGAGAUGCCAUAGUGGCUGUAUCAAGGUGCAAGUAUGGACACCAAGCGGGGAAGCGGAGAGGGGGUUGGAUGAAUUGGAAGAUUGGGAUUGACAUAUAUAUGCUCAUAUGUAUAAAAUAGAUAAGCACUGAGAACCCGCCGUGUAGCACAGGGAACUCUACUUCACUUCGCUGUACAGUAGAAAUUAACACAACAUUGUAAAACAACUCUACCCCAAUUAAAAAGAAAAGUUAGAGAUUCCAAGCCCUCCUCCCUCAAGACUCUCCGCUCAGCCCCUGAGCCUCUCCUCACUCAUAAGCAGGGCUCCAGCUCCCCGCUCCCCCGCCGGCCCCCAGGUGGGAGGAGACGGAGCAGGAAGCCGGUGGUCCCAGUUAAAAGGCUCCAGCAUCUUGUACGAGGCAGGCAGAGCUGAAGUCCGGGGUGCUCUUCCUCUGGAUCCGAAUCAGUAGGUAAGCCCGCCCCCUGAAUUCUGCAAGGUGAGAGGCCAAAGUUCUCAGACACGGGCAUCAGGCCCCUGAGCCCCCUCCUCCAGGGCCCAGGACCUCAACCUCAGAUCCCUUCGUGCUUUGCGACCCAGGAAUCCGCAGCCCAGCCCCGGCUCUCCACGACUUAGGAGUCCCAGUUCGCAGUUCCCUUUCCCUUCAGACCCGGGCGUCUGGGGAUCCCAACUCCCUCCUUCCUUGGAUGUAGGACUCCAGCCCCUGAGCUCCCAGCUCCUCAGAUUCCGGAAUCUGGGGCCCCAGCCCGUUCUUCUGCAGACCCAGGAAUCGGGGGCCCCAGCCCCUUCCUCCAGCGGGACCCAGAAGAACUGCCCCAGAAGCUCUGCUUCCUCGCCAGUCCCAAGAUCCCUAGGAGUUUGGUCUCCUCCCUCCUCCGCUCAGCCCUGUCCUCUCUGUCUCCCAGACCCCACCACGGGACAGCCCACACCUGCUGCAGAGUCUGGAUCUGGAUGUUCCCGCUCUUGCUGCUGGAAUCCCGGGCAGGACACUUGAGAGCACAGGAGACCAGGGUGCUGGAGGGCCAGGAGUGCAGGCCCCAUCAGCAGCCUUGGCAGACGGCCUUGUUCCAGGGUGUCUCUCCCCCUGCCCCGCUCAAACUUCUGUCGCCCAUCCACACCUCUUCACACCCAGGAAACAGCAAUCAGGCAUAUCAGCUGAGUUCGUUACGCAAGACUCAGAAGCCAACUUUUGGGGAGAUCUACAAAGUUAUUAGAGGCAGACAAAGAGAUGGAGUAGGAAGCAGGGGCCCAGAGAGGGUGUGUGUGCCUUGCUUAAAAUCACAGAGCACUCUAUGUCACAUGAAGAUGAUAGGGGCCCAGAGGGGGUGUGUGGAGAGUCACAUAGCGUCCUGGUGGGCAGAAAAAAGAGGACAGGGGCUGAGAAGACAUCUCACCUUAUCCCACCUUGACCUCCGGGACCUGCCCAACAGGUAUCUGUGGGUCCUACUCGGCAAACACCACCUCCAGAAAUGGGAGCGUCCACAGCACCGGCUCUUGCCCCGGGACCUCUUCCCUCAUCCUGGGUUCAACCCGGACCUCAGUGCCCAAGACCACAAUGAUGACAUCAUGCUGAUUCGUCUGUCCAGGAAGGCAUUUCUGGGACCUGCCGUGCAGCCCCUCAAACUCAGCCGGACCUGCAUCCCCCCAGGCACCCAGUGCCUAAUCUCAGGCUGGGCGGCCUUAUCCAGUCCUCAGGGUACAGCCUUGUCCACCACACACACCCUAUGUUUCAUGCCAGGGGUCUGAAUCCCCUCUCUUUUUCUGUCUCUGCUUUUUCAUCUCUAUGUUCUAUCCUUCUGUCACCUAUCUAUCUAUCCAUAUAUUUCAUCAGAUCUAAAUGCUAUAAAUUAUAAGACGCAUCAGUAUUCUACAACCCGCUAAGAAUGACGAGAAAAGGAAAAAAAGGUCCCAUCUAUCCUUGUAUGACGUCAUUUACUGGAAGGCACAUCCUGAUUUCAUAGAUGUUUAAAUGUGAAAAUAUCUGCAUCUUAGAAUUGAAAUAAGGUCUACGUCACUCAGAAUCACAAAUCAGCAAAUCCAUUAGUCACAUCUGACCUCCCACAGCAGUUACCGCUUUGCAAAAUGUCUUGAAAACAAAACCCCCAAAAACCCUCAGUUUGUUGCUGCCAGCAUUUAAAACCUGAGAGAUUUUACAUCAAAGCCAAGUUUCUGGAUUCGCUUGAAAAAUUCCAGACUGGCAAUGCUGGGUUCAUAUUUCUAAAAUAAUGGCCGUUUUUGGGCAGAACCAGUGGAGGCUGCCCCCUUCCAACAAGACACGCGGUCUGCGGUCCACAGGGCUGCUGUUUCCCUACAAGGCCCUGCCCCCACUUUCCCUCUAUUUCUAUCUAGUCUCUCUGAAUCUGUAUCUCUGUCUCUGUCAGUGACCAUCUCCCUAUAAUUGUCUCCUCCCCUUUAUCUCACUGCUUUCUCCCUGGAUAUCUCUGGGUCUGUUUCUCCCUAUUUCUUCCUUUCCUCCUCUGAGAAUCUCUUUCCCCUUCAGAGGUCUCUAUCUCCUGCCAAGGUCCCUCUUUUUCUCUGUGUGAGUUAUAUACGUAUCUUUCCUUGUCUCUUGACUCUCCGCGUCUUUCUCUCUCUCUCUUUGGCCCUUUGCCCAUCAUAUCCAUCUGUUUCUCUUCCAUGCUGUGGUUCUGUUGCU